AUGGUGAGGGAGGCGCACGAGCUGCUGGACGGCAGCAGACCGAUCCCCAUCGACCAAAUCACGUACGAGCUGUCCCAGAACAUCAUCCUGGCCUUCGACAGCAACGAGUUGGCCUCAAGAAAAGACACACAGAUCGAAGUGGAGACAAGAAUAGGCCUCGUAAUUGACAAGAAUAAAAACAGAAUCAAAUUGCCAAGCAAUACGGAUGCCAUUGUUGAAAGUAAUUACUCCGAUUUUACCUCAGGGGUGGAUAGGCACUCCUUUGAAUAUCUCCUGAAUUAUUUGCAUUCCUUGGAGGGGAGGGAGAGGAACAAAUGGGGCGUCAGCACGAAGGUGCUGAAGGGGGAUAGGGGCAUAAAGGGAAAUGCCCCUCACGAUGGAGAUGUGCCAAGUGAGAAGAGGGAUUCCCCCCCAGGAGAUGAAGAAGAGCCAGUUAGCGACAGGGACAGCUACAUUUACGAAUUUUUUUCUACAAAGAAGGUGCGAAGCGUAGACAAGUACUACGUUCUGCAAAGGGACAACUCUCGAGUUCGCGUGACAACGUAUUUGAAUGGCGAUUCGGGAGGGGAGAGCGAGAGCAUGGCGAAGUCGCUGUGCAAAAGGAAUUUAAACACGUGGAAUAUUUACAUGGGGAAUAAUAAGGACUACUUUGACGAGGAGGACGAAGAGGACGAUGAGGAGGACGAGGAGGACACCAAGGGGAAGAAGAAAAGGAGGACUGACCCGGGGGGGAGCGCAAGUGCAAGCGGAAGUGCGAGCGCAAACGGAAGCGCCGGUGCCCGAUCGGGGGACGACUCCGUGGACUAUCGAAUAGCCAUAAACCUGGAGCAAACCAAACGGAUAAGCAAACUGUUUCUUUCCAAAAUCGCGCCUGUACACGAAAGGGUAAAAGAGAGGACAUCCUUCAUAAACAAAAUUCUGGGCAUCCAACUGGACUUAACCAAAAUAAAGACAAAGGAAGAUGGCGAGCUGUACGAAAUUGAAAUUGAAAUUCUCUCCAAAAGUAUUUUAAAAGCUAUGUCAAAUUUGCGAAAUAAAAAUGAUUCAAAUUAUUUGCUUUUUAUUUGUUCCAAUUUGGUAAAUAACGCCCGCGGGAUUUGUAGGGAGUUGUGCCAUUUUAGGAAGAGGCAAACUUUGGUGAAGGAACCCGGUUUGGAUGCCGGGGGGGAAAAGGACAUACAAAACAUGUAUGUACACUCAUCGAGGGAGAGAAAAAAUUUUGAAAAAUAUGUACAUUCGGUGGCCCCUAUCGUUGGAGACUACAUGUAUAGGGUGGUUGCCAGGAAUGAAGAGAGGAUCCACGCCGUGCUGCGCGAAAAGGGCCUCUCCAAUAAGCGCAAAAUAGAGGCUCUGCAAAAACUUAUCGAAAUUCGGCGCCACAAUAAGAAGUCCGUCAAGAAGAUCAGCGAGACGUACGCGGAGAAUCGCUGGAGGGUUGUGCGCACGGAGGGGGCGCAGGGCCAGGUCGUCCUGGUCAGCGAGGGGAGCGAUGGGAGUGAUGGGGGUGAUGGGAGUGACGGAGCGGGCGAACUGCGCUGCGAGGAAAACGUGGAGCCCACAGGAUUCAACUUCGACAACAGCAGCGCGAGUGGCAGCGAGGGGGAGGGAGAGAAAGGCCAAAAGGACAGCUCACAGCCGGAUGGCAGUAAGUACACGAAUUUCUACAGCGACACGUGA